CGUUUAUUUAAAGGUCCGGUGCACGGAGGAUGGACGGGCAGAAGUACCGGCGUGUUAUGGAGUGAGUGGAACUGUAGUGGGGGGCUUGUUGACAAAGAGAUGGAAGGCUGCGCUGCCAACGCCGCCUGAGUGGAAUCUUGACCCGGAGAGCUCUUGCCGUCACUCCCCGCCUUUGCCUUUUCCAGCCCCCCGGCCGCAGUCGACGAUAUUCCCUCCUCACUCCCUCCUCCCUCCCCACCCCCCACCCCACCAUUCCCUCGUCCAUCUCCUCCUCCAGGAACUGAAACCGGAGAGAGACCUGGAGGACUUAUCGAGGUGGCCGUCGACUCCUUCGCUCUUCCUCUGCUGCGGGGAUGAAAUUAAUGAUGGUAAUGUCUUUCUGAGCGGACGGUCCCUGCAUCAUCUCCAUCGUUAACGCAAUAAACGAGAAACACUCUUUGCAAGCGGAGAAUCGGCGUGUCUUCAGCGGGAGGGAAAAAUGGGGGAACAGCCCAUUUUCAGCACACGAGCCCAUGUCUUCCAGAUUGAUCCCACUACAAAGAAGAACUGGGUUCCCACCAGCAAACAUGCUGUGACUGUGUCCUACUUCUAUGAUAGUACAAGAAAUGUCUAUAGAAUAAUCAGCCUUGAUGGGUCAAAGGCAAUAAUCAACAGCACAAUUACUCCAAACAUGACAUUUACAAAAACAUCUCAGAAAUUUGGUCAGUGGCCAGACAGCCGUGCAAACACAGUAUAUGGGCUAGGUUUUUCCUCGGAGCAUCAUCUGACAAAAUUUGCAGAGAAGUUCCAGGAAUUCAAAGAUGCAGCUCGAAUAGCAAAAGAGAAAAUGCAAGAGAAAAUGGAAUUAACCAGUACACCUUCUCAGGAGUCUGCUGGCGGUGACUUGCAGUCACCUCUGACACCAGAGAGUAUCAAUGGGACGGAUGAUGAAAGGUCUAUUCAAGAUGCAUCGCACGAGUCUGAUGCACGGGCUGAAAUUAACCAGAGUUCUCUGCCCUUCACUCACAGUACUACAAUAGGAAAGCACUGGGAGUCUGAACUGGCGACAUUAAAAUCCAACAAUGCUAAACUUACAGCAGCACUCCUGGAAUCUACUGCCAAUGUUAAACAAUGGAAGCAACAACUCACUGCUUACCAGGACGAGGCAGAGCGAUUACACAAAAGAGUUUCUGAACUUGAAUGUCUAAGUGGGCAGGCAAAUGUACUCAAGACACAUAAAACUGAAUUGAACAGAACAAUAGAAGAACUAGAGGCACAAAUGAAAGACAAAGAGGAGGAAAUUGAGCGGCUAAAGAAGGAUAUUGAAGGAGCUAGGGAACUGGAGACACAGAGGGACACGCUGUCACAACAGUUACAGGCAGUAGAAAGCCGCAAUCGAGAUCUAGUGGAGCAGCUGGCUGACUUUGAGCAACGUCUAGAGAAGAGUCAGAAUGAGCAAGGGGUCUUCCGCAAUAACUUAAAAACACUUCUAGAAAUUCUAGACGGGAAAAUAUUCGAACUAACAGAAUUACGAGAUAAUUUGGCAAAGUUGAUAGAAGGUAGCUAAAACAAGAACCUCUACAUCAGCAUUGUCAUCCAGAUACAGUACAUAGAAAUGCCAGAUUGAAAUCUUCCUUUCUUUCCAGUGGAAGGUGUUGGAAUACUGUAGGCUCCCUGUAGCAAUCUAUCAUGGCAUUAAAUGUGCUUUGCACUCUUUAUUUAGUGUUUUAAAUCCAUUACUUAAGGAGGAGCAAGUACACAAAGUCUAAUUAUAAAUGAACAUUUUCCCAUAUUAUUUCUCUUUGAUGAUCUUGUCAAGAAUUUUGUACAUUUAAUUUUUAAAGUUCCCAAUAUUUCAGGAGACUGCAUCAAAAUGUACUCUAGACGACUUGGAAGGGUUUAUGAUAUUAAAAAUUGAAGCCUUUUAAAUGCAAACAAAUGGAGGUUUUACUGAAUCAAGGAGACAGUAUCCCUUUCUCUAUGCAGUUAUGGAAAAACUGUCAGUGAUAACAUCCGUAUGCUCUUUGGAUCGUAACCAAGUUUAACUCAUUUUUGCUGUCACAUUACUAUAACAGUGAAAAAUGAUGCACUGAUAGAUGCAUUUAUUUAUAGGCUCCAAAGAAAUUCUUUAUAAGAAUUUUUCAAUUUAUUAAGAACACUAAUUAGUUCUUUAUGAAGGCUUAGAAAUGCUUGAAUGUGGUAUAUACUUUGAUUCUGAAAUGCACUUGUGCAAAAUUGAUAAAAGGGAUGAUGUCUCUUUAAAUUUAAUAAACAUGUAAGUUUGUUAUAUCUAUUGUUAUUUACAAAGCAUAUGCAUUGUGAUUUUUUCCAAAGUAGUGCUAAUACAUUAACUAUACAUUAAUCCAGAAGUAAAUUUAUCAAACUAUAACAUAUUGGGCAAACAUCAAUUUUUAAGAUGCGUACUGUAUAGCAAUAAUCAAUUGCCACUACAAGUUUAAAUAAGUAUGGGUUUUACUCAGUAUUGUUUUUUUUUAUUGUACAUUUAAGUAAUUUAUAGAUGUAUAAGCAAACCUAAAUAAUGGUUAAUUGGUUAUUUACCAUGGCAUAAUAGACGAUGCAUUUUGGUUAAGAUUUAUGAAGCUUCUUCUACCUUGAAAAAUAACAUGUAUUUUUUAAAAUGAAACACUUGUUUCCGCAUAGGUGCUGUAAAGGUCUGAAUUUUCAUUCAUUGAAGACCCCAAUAACUAGGUAACUUUAAAAAAAAAAGUGGAGGGGGUACAGGUUGUAAAUGAGAAAUCUAUCUACUGUAUAAGUUAUAAAAGCUAUAAUGGUUUAUGGUGUAUCUUUAUAGAUCUAAAGUAAUAUGGUGGUUGGAAUGCUACACAUUUUUAAAUGUUUAUCAAACUGUCUGAGAACAUGUACCUGUCUUUCUAUCACAACCUGUAAAAUACUGGAAAUAUUGACUAACAUUGCAAUAAUUGGCAGACCAGUUGAGACAACAUUGACAUGGUUUAUUUAAGAGGUGCCUCUGUUGCAGAUCGACUGUAACAGAAAAAGGAACCGUGACAAUGGCUACAUAACAAUUGGGUUGGGGAACCAUGAAGCCCAGUUGGUGAAUAGAAACAAAAAUGUAACCUUCAAAAUGUUGAACGCUGCUAGAAUAGUAGUCUAGAAUAGAUCUUGAUCGAGCCUGUUGAUAAGAUAUAUAUGACUUAAUUAACAAAUGAAUGUUUAUUUAAGAAAUGUUUAAAGGACUAUUGUACAGACUUCCUAACACUGCAGUAAAACAAUGUAAAAUAUUAUUUCUGAGAAUCAGUAUUUUCUCAGUCCCAAUUGUGGUUUGGCAUAGUUCAGCAAAGCUGUAGGUUUGGAACAGAAAAGAACAUUUCACACUUACUGGAGCCUGAUAGUUGCUAGUUGAGCACGAACUUCACGUAAAAAGAAAUAACUCCAUAGCAGUCGAAUCUCCUCCAGCAAAGGUAAGGAUCUGGGGAGAUGACCACCAAGAAUUUUUGGUUAUAAAGUGCCCUGCAGCAGAUUCAUGAAACAUCUUACUUCUGGAUCACCCAUGCAUUUUUUAAACAAAAGCAGUUGGGAACAAUGCCAGUUUCUGGCCUACAUACUGAUAUGAACAUUGUGCCCAGGUUAACAAAAGUAUUAUUGCUUUAUAUACAACUGGUCACGUGUAAACUUACCCUCACGGUUGAGAAAACAGAACAUUCACCUGCCCCUAAUGAGUCUUGGAUAAUUGUGUCAUCUUUCAUUUACUCAGUGGGGUCAGAUCUGUUUCUCAUGUUUUUAAAGUUUGUUGUUACACUGGGCUCAGGAAAUAUAAUAGAGACUUGACCCAAUACUGCAUGCUUGUGAAACAGGGGCUACUAAAUGUUGCAAGAAAUAGAUUGUACUCAGUUUUGUGGCAAGUUGAAUAAGAUUUGUUAAAAGAAAAUGAAACUGCAGCUUUAUAGUUCAUACUUUUGUCACUGCUUUAGAAAUGAAAUUAAUACUUUCAGUUGACUUUUAAAAUAUAACACCACUAGGAUUUUGUUUUUGAGAGUAACUUAUAUAAUAUUAAUUCUGAAAAGUCACUAAUUUGUUAAUUCCAGGAGGAAGGAAUCUCACUCAGUGCCAGCUGAUAUUGGUGACUUCGUAAAAACAUUAUCUAUUUUUGCUGAAUUGUUAUUGUGCUUUUUUUUUGGGGUGUUCUGAGAGGAGUAAUUUAAACACUGGUGUUAAAACCACAGACACCUGCAGUUUUAUAGUUCUUCAGUAAUCCAUUUGUACUAUUUUAAGCAACAUUCUGCAGAUACAGUAUAAGCUUACAUUUUGACGGGAGGUGAAAUUAACAUUAUUUUAUGACAUGAGUUACUUUUGAUUUUAAAAUGUCUUGGGCUGGUAGCAUCCUAUUACUUAAGGCUACCAAAUGUAACUACAGUUGCAUGUUGAAUGUUUGAUCUAAAUGGUGUUAUGCUUUGACAGUUCUACAUAAUGAUGGUUUUGAAUGGGAUAUGAGGACAGAGAUUAGAAGCACUUGAUUGACUUCUACCUUAAGCUUCAAGUCCACUACACUGGUAGAGGACACAUGGUUUCUGGUUGACAAGUGGGCACAAAUCUACUACAGUAUAUAGUACAGAGCUGUCCUGUUCCAAGCAUGUGGAGUAUGGUGGGUCAAUGCUCUAGGCUAUUCUGUUAUACCACUAUUUAGGUGUAACUGUACUGUCUCUCAAAAAUGUGGCCGGUCAACAGCUGUGCCAGAAUUGACUAACCCAGUGUCCUUUUUACAGAAACUGUCAGUGAUUCUUUUUUAUAUGUGAAUGUCUUUCCAAAUAUGGAGUCAUUGAUUUAUUGCAAUACUGUAAUAUUCUUAUGGUGUGUCUUAAGGUGGAUUUUAUUAUUUUAGAAUCCAUGUAAGCCCUUGUGCCAAAAGAACCUGUUUGUACUGUAUUAAAAACUGCAACAUUGCAGACUUCUAUUGCUGUUGGUUAAUUUAUAUUAAGACAAUAGUUACAUUUCUGUCAGUUUAAAAUGAAGUGUGAAGAAUCUAACACACAGAGAGCACAACAAAUACCUCAGUGUUUUACAACACCUCUGAAGGGACAUAUGGGUCAAGUAAAUUGGUGAGGUUUUUCAAUAAAAAGGUGAUUUUAAGGGGUAACGAGUC